AUGUCAAACCAGGGCUAUGACGUGGUAGUGGACGUCGACGCAGAUGGCGACGACCUUGGACAUACCGACCUUCAAGAAGACCUCGAAUUUCACCCGUCUAACUUCGAGAAUGACCAACGCAAUGCCAAAUCCCACCCAGACACCGGCGCCUUUAUAGGCACUGGCGGAGGAAGCUCCUCUCGCCGCAACAGAUCCCCAGGAGGCACGCCGACCAAACAUGCCUGGUGGUCCAUCCACUACUACGAGCAAUACUUUGAUGUCGAUACCAACGAAGUCCUCCGCCGCUGCGUCGCCUCCGUCUACCCUCGCAACAACUUCCUGGACGUUCUCGAAGGCAACGCGGACCUUUACGGGCCCUUCUGGAUUGCGACAACUGUCAUCGUCAUCCUUUUCCUAACAGGCACCAUCUCGCAAUGGCUCUCAAACAACGACAAAAACCACUUCAAGUACGACUUCACCCUUCUUUCCGGUGCCGCCGGCCUAGUUUACGGGUAUACAUUCAUCCUGCCCAUUGCUCUCUGGGGUGCGCUCAAGUGGUUCGGGAGCUCGACCGCUGAUCUUGUUGAGUGUUGGGCGCUGUAUGGGUACUCGAAUUUGAUUUGGAUUGCGGUGGCGCUUGUUAGUUGGAGUCCGUUGACGGCCUUAAACUGGGCGCUUGUCGGAGUCGGGUUUGGAUGGACCGUCUUCUUCCUGCUAAGGAACUUGUACCCUGUGCUCAGUGCGACGGAUGCGAAGGCUAGCCGGGCGCUGCUGGUGCUUGUUAUUCUGUUGCAUGCUGGGUUUGCAAUUGCGAUUAAGAUCUUGUUCUUUGCGCAUGGAAGCCCCGUUUCCAAGAAGGGCGAUGACAAGGAUCACGAUGAUGAUGAUGAUGGGGAUGAUCAUGAUGACCACGACGACAAGAAGCUCAUGUUUUAA